AUGGACCUCUCCCAUAACUUCGACAAUGGCAGCCUCGGAGAGGCUAUAAAGUGUAUUGACAUGCAUACUACGGGUGAACCGACACGUAUCAUCUACUCUGGGUUCCCGCCUCUCCAAGGCACUCUUUUGGAACAGCGCGAGCAAGCAAUGAAUCAAUAUGACCACAUUCGGAAACGCAUCAUGUUGGAGCCGCGGGGACACUACGACAUGUAUGGUGCUAUCCUUACACCCGAGACCGAGCUGGUCCAACAAGGACUGGCGCAUAUCGGCACCCUUUUUACUCACAAUGGCGGCUUUUCUACCAUGUGUGGUCACGCGACGAUUGCAUUGGGCAGGUUCUUGGUGGACACGCAUGACUUUAAAGUGUUUCCUAAACGCAAUGAAAUUAAGUUCAACGCAGAAACUUGUGAAGUGGCGGUCAAUAUCCAUGCUCCAUGUGGGCUGGUCCGCGUGACGGUACCCACCAGUGCAGAUGGUCAAAAGUCUGAUCCAUCUCGCCCUGUAUCGUUCCUCUCGACGCCAGCAUUCGCCGCGGCAAUUAACCUUGAAAUCACGAUUCCCAAGGAGAUUAGGUGGCCUGAAUUUGGUGACCGCGAAUCUGUUACGCUGGACAUAUCCUACGGGGGAGCAUAUUAUGCCCUCGUAGACACUCGCGAGCUCGGGUUUGCCGGCCUCAAGAAGAUUGAUCUGGGUGCUAUAUCAAACGCCGCUACUAAGCUCAAGGCCUAUCUGAUGACUCACCCGCUGGUCACAUCGGCGCUGCAGCAUCCAGAAGAUGCUCGAUUAUCCUUCCUGUAUUCUGUCAUGGUCAUUGACCGGGAUGUGGGAUCGAGGCCGGAGGGAGUCGAAGGUGUGGAGACGGGUCUUUGUUUCUUCGCAGACGAUGAGAUUGAUCGAUCCCCAACUGGAUCCUGCGUGGCGGCGCGUAUGGCACUCGCUCAAGCGAAGGAUCUGAGGUCUAUUGGGCAGAAAUGGGCCUACAAUUCUGUCGUCUCAAAUCACUUUGCAGUCGGAGCCUUUGUUGCUUCAAUUGUGGAUGACAAUAUUCGCGUGGGUGACAGUAAAGAGGCAGUCAUAGUUCGUGUCGAAGGUAAGGCAUACUAUACUGGAACAUCGAACUUCAUUCUCGAGGAAGGUGAUCUCAUUGGUGAAAGUGGAUUUACUCUGAAACAAUGUGUGCAAUAG